AUGCAAGCUGCCAUGAGGGCGGGCGAGCCACACAGGGUUGUGCUGCUUCUACUCCUUUUUGGCUCUGGCGUCUGCAGCAAAAAGCUCCUCCCAGGCUUCAAGAGCGGUGAGCAUGAUGAUGGCAAGGAUGGGGCGUCCUGGUUGGAGAGUUUCCCGAGGGCAAGGUGCACGUCCCGCUGCUUGAGUUUGCACAAUGGGGCAACACCGCAGAACAAUGGAUCACUAUCUUGGUGUCAUAGUCACAGAGAGUGUGCAAAGUGCCUGGAGCCCUGUAGAGAUUCCUGGUCCAAUGAAAGGAAAAGCAGUUGCAAAGAGUUCUGUGAGAAAUUGUUUCCUCUGAACCAUUGGGAAUGUGUGGCGAGCUGUGAGUUCCUCCAGACACUGUUGGAAGUAAAACAAGGUGGUUGCCCGCCUCCGGACCAAGCCAGCGGCUUUGCGGCUGCCUGUGUAGACAGCUGCGAUCGCGACACUGAAUGUCCAGGUCAGAAGAAAUGCUGCUCCAAUGACUGCGGUCACACAUGCCAGUCUCCACAAGACCUUUACAAGGGGGUUCCUUUAAAACCGAGGAACGAGCUGAACUUUGAGGAGGUGCCCCCUGGUCUUCUGGAGGUGUCCUGGUUCUCCAAGUUUAAUAUCUCGGCUGAGCCUGUGGUCUACAUCCUGCAGACAAGAUGGAACUUUGGGAUUCAACCCAGUGACGAUGCUGCCGUUUCCUGGCAUAUGGUUGCACAGACCACAGAGCAGAGAGUCCGAUUGUAUGACAUACGACCGGGCCGCUGGUACCAGUUCAGAGUCGCAGCUGUCAAUAUUCACGGAACCAGAGGUUUCACCACUCCGAGUCGACACAUUCAAUCCAGCAGAGAUCCCCAUCACCCCCCCGCGCCAACUGAGCUGAGAGCGACCAACAUAACAUUUGUCACGGGCAAGGCGGUGCGGGUCCAACUACAGUGGCACAUGAUUGAAAACCUUGAUAUUCCUGUUCACCAUUACAUGGUGAGGUGGACUUGUGCUGCUAUUGAUCAACCCGUCGCUUACUCUUUGACCAAGAGGAGGAAACUAGUAAUAGAGAGGAAGGUGGUGCUAGAUGGGUUGCGGUCUGGUCGGACAUAUAGAGUGGAAGUCCAGGCCGUGUCCUACUGGAAACAAACCCAGCUGAAAAGCCCCCGGGCCAUUGUACACUUCAGCACACAUCUUAAUACCAGUGCAACACCAAAAUCCUCCAUGGCUGACAUCCUGCAUGUGGGGACACCUUUCUAUCAAAAUGGACGUCUACAGGUUCACAUUUACUGGCACAGCAGCACAGACCCUUCAGUGGAGUACUACAAAAUCCAGUGGGAACCAGAGUAUUGUGAGCACAGACAAAAUACAUUCAGAGAGAAGACCAGCACAAAGGAGACCUUCACCAGUCUGCAGGGUUUGCUCUUCUCCUGUAAGUACAAAGUCCUACUACAGCCUGUCAGCAAGACCAGUAGGCUGCCGGCCAAGAGCAUCUGCUUCAUUACGCCUUCCUGUUCUGCCAUGCAAGCAAAGAGUCCAAAACCCUUAGCCUGUAAUGGAGAAACACGGACUCCUCAGAAGGUUCUGAUGAAGCCAACAAACCUGACAGUUUCCUUUAAGGUACAUGGCGGUGACCUGACUGCUAUCUUUAACUGGGAUGUGUCUGCUGGCCCAGCUCAGAGUCACCUAACUAGCUAUCAGGUGACUCUGGUAGAGGUCACGUCAACCAGCCGACUCAGCAAUGAGGACUUCUCCCAAUCCCCGAUCUUAACCACGACCUCCAACAUUUUGGCAGUUUCUGACCUACACCCUGCCAGUGUCUACAGGUUGGAGGUCCGAGCCAUCACUGCACACGGUCAAAGUCCAGCCAUCAGCAGAACCUUUCAGACUCCAGGAUUACAACAUGCGUUUAAGCAUAGAAAAAGUAUUGGUAAACAAGAUGAAGAACAUUACUGAUUAGCCAGAGCCAGCUCAGAGGCGCUGGGUCCACACUCAAUUGCAACGCACAACGUUGUCUCCCUAACUUCAAGGUGACAUCAACCUUGGCUGCAGAAAUGCAACAAUUAGCCAAAUAACUUCUUCCUUCAACUUUGAUUUUCAAGUUUAUUUAUUUUCCUGCUCUAUCAUGU